UCCGGGCUGCCGGCAGCAGCUGUGUUAGUUCUCUGCGCCCUCGGGGGAUGGCGGAGGGAGGUAUCGUGCGGCGCGUGGAGUGGGCGUCUGAGAACUGGACUUCUUCGGGGAUUGGGUGGGGAGUCGAGUAGCUCUCCCUUUCCGCGGUCAGGGAACCUCUCAGCUCCACCUCAGGCCUGGGGGUCUCUUCGCUGCUUAAUCGAAGAUGAUGCAGACAGGAAAGUAAAGCAAGAUUUCAAGAUGGAAAGUCCAUCAGAUGCAGCUGUGGUGUUACCUAGCACUCCACAGGCUGGUGCCAAUCCACCAUCUCCCCGUACAAGCAGUUCAAGAAAACAACCUAUGAGUGCAACCCUUAGGGAACGAUUAAGGAAAAGUAGAUCUUCAUUUAAUUCUUGUUAUGGUGUGGUAAAACGACUUAAAGUAGAGAGUGAAGAAAAUGAUCAGACCUUUUCAGAGAAACCAGCACCUUCAACAGAAGAAAACUGUUUGGAAUUUCAAGAAAAUUUUAAACACAUAGACAGUGAAAUUGAAGAAAGUACAUAUUUGAAAAAUACCUUCAAGAAUAUUGAUGCAUGUGCAUCUAAAUCACUUGAUUCUGAGUCAUGCAGUGAUCUCCGGAAUGACUUUAUGAAUGAGAAUCUUCCCAAACAUGGAUUAAACAAAGAAAAAGCAAAAUUGGUGAAGCAGAUUCAGGAGAAAGAAGACCUUCUUCGGAGGCUAAAACUAGUCAAAAUGUAUAGAUCAAAGAAUGACCUGUCUCAGUUACAGAUGUUAAUAAAGAAGUGGAGAAGCUGUAGCCAGCUGUUGCUUUAUGAGCUGCAGUCUGCUAUGUCUGAGGAGAACAAGAAACUAAGCCUUACUCAGCUGAUAGACCACUAUGGGUUAGAUGAUAAAUUGCUACACUAUAACAGAAAUGAAGAAGAAUUUAUAGGUGUUUAAUUCAUAAUUUUUUCUCCAGAAUGUCUUUGUGGAUGACAAUGUAAUUAAAAGAUAUUUAUACAUUUUAAAGGGAAGAUGUAAACCAUUAGGGCUUAGAGAAACGUAUCCUGGUGAACCUGGAUCAAUUUAGGGCCUCUGUUACAUAAGUAUAAACUAGGUUCUAAAAUGAAAAUUUAGUGUUUUGAAUAAAUUUGCCAAAGAAAACUUGACAGUUAAAGGUGAAAAAAAAUUUAAAAAUUAAAUCAUGAUUAAAAAAAUAAUUUGGCCAACUGUGGAAGUGAGUUUUAAUACAUUGUUUUAUUUAUUAUGGUAAAAGUUUUAUUUUAAAUGUUAAAAAACAGUCCAUCUAGUGUAUGUCUAAACCUAAACUUGUCUGAAGAUGCCUGCCUCUCCUAAGUUUAUGCUUCUCCUUUGUUUCCACCCAUUUACCACAAAUUUCCAUCUGG